AUGAGCAUCGAUUUGAGACGCUACAUCCCUGCCAUUCUGGUAGCGCUGGCUGUGUCUUCAUCCAUCGUCCUCAUUCUCAGCCUGGUGAGGAUCCAAAAUGUUUCCUUUGCACCUAACAACAAGUACGGGAUGGUGUUUGAUGCAGGCUCAUCCCACACCUCUCUGUUCGUCUACCAGUGGACAUCUGACAAAACGAAUGACACCGGAGUGGUCAGCCAGACGUUAUCCUGUAAUGUCCAAGGACCUGGCAUAUCGAGCUACGCCAAUGACCCUCCCAAAGCUGGUGUGUCCCUCCGGAGCUGUCUAGAGGAUGCCCUGAAGGUCAUUCCUGAUGAGAGACAGAGGGAGGUACCAGUAUACCUUGGAGCUACAGCAGGCAUGAGGCUGCUGAGCAUGGAAAACAAGUCAGCUGCAGACCAGGUCCUGAAUGAAGUCGCUAAGACCAUACAACAGUAUCCUGUGAAUUUCCACGGGGCUCGGAUCAUUACAGGGGAAGAGGAAGGAGCCUAUGGCUGGAUCACCAUCAACUAUCUGCUGGACUCCUUCACCAAGUACUCUCCCAAACAACGUGACUGGAUCCAUCCUCAGUCAGCCAAGAUCCUGGGUGCACUGGACCUCGGAGGAGCAUCAACCCAAAUCAGCUUUAUCCCCAUUGGUCCAAUUACCGACCAGACAAAAGCCUCUAAGUUCAGGCUCUAUGGGUUUACCUACACUAUCUACACACACAGCUAUCUCUGCUAUGGACAGAAUCAGGCGCUGAAACAGCUGAUCCUGAAAAUAACAGAAAACAUGAAGGUCCAGGGCUCCGUUAACCACCCCUGCUACCCUGAAGGAUACCAGGAAACUACCACAGCAGCUUCCAUUCACAGCAUGCCCUGCACUGCCUCUCAUGCACAGACCCCGUCCCAAGCCUCCUGGAACGCCACGCUGGUGGGCACAGGGAAUGCCACCGAGUGCCGUAUGGCCAUCAAACAGAUCUUCAACUUCACGGCAUGCGGCCAGAGUCAGCCCUGCACAUUCGAUGGGAUCUACCAGCCCCCGGUCAACGGGGAAUUCUUUGCCUUCUCUGCCUUUUACUACACCUUCAGCUUCCUCAACCUGACCAGUGGGCAGCCCCUGGCCGUUGUCGAGGACACUGUCCAGAAGUUCUGUGCAAGAAACUGGACAGACUUGAAAUCCAGCUACCCCAAAGAGAAAGAGCAGUGGCUGCGAGAGUACUGUGCCAACGCCAACUACAUCCUGGUGCUCCUGCUCGAGGCCUACAAAUUCAACCAAACCAGCUGGAGCAGCAUCAAGUUCCAGAUGAAGGCAGCAAACACGGACAUUGGCUGGACCCUGGGCUACAUGCUGAACCUCACCAACAUGAUCCCGGCGGAGGCUCCGGAGCAAGUGAAAGGGCAGCAGUACGGGCUCUGGGCCGCUGCCAUUUUCUUCAUUGUCCUGACUCUGGCUUUCUGCCUCGUCGGCUUGCUCAUAUACAUCCUGUGGUAG